AUGACGCUAGACAAGACUGUGCGACAAGUAGCUGGUAAAAUGAAGGAAAUCCAAGCCAAGUUUGCUUCUGGAGAGAUAGCCUCUGACCGAUUCAAGCUAGAGGACUUCUUGUGUCAAUGCGAGCAGUUCCCUUUGGGGUGCCGGCCUAUCACUUUAGCAGAGCUGGGCGCGGGUUUCCCCGUUUACUUCGAUUUUAUGAAGGCGCUCCGGAACCUGGUCGUGAUGCUCUUUUUGGUGAGCCCCUCGGCCCCAGUGGUGUCGAACGUCAAUGCGGACUCGAUGGACCUCAUGAUACCUAUAGGGCAGCCCAAGGUGAAGCUGGCUUGGUUCACAGCAGGCGAGCCGCUUCGGUAG